AUGCUACACAAUAUUCACGCUUAUGUUCAAAAUAAGCACAAUAUUGAAAUUGAUUAUAAAGUCAUUAAAAAAAGUAAUGGCGAUAUGUUCAGAAAUAGACGUCGGGUGCAUUUAUUGGCUGGUCGUGUUGCUACAGAAGAAGAUGAUGAAGUACACGAAGAGCAAGAAGAAAACCAAGAGACAACCAAAACAACAACAGCGAAACCGUCAGCAGCAGCAAGUCAAAAAAGAAAACGUGAAACACAAGCAGCAGCUAAUCCAUCAAAACAGGAUAGUCAAGAAACACAAGUUGUUGAGGAAACAUCACUUGAUGACCAACAUUUGAAUGUUUCUGUCGAAUAUCAUGAUCAUUUGUAUCAUUUCGAGUUCACAGAUAGAAGAGUUACUAGUAGUGUAAUAACGACUUUUAAUGAUCAUCUAAAUUAUAAUUCAGACGACAAUGACAACUGGAAUAAUUUUCAACAAGAUGUUAAUUGUUCAUUUAUUACUAACAAUGACAAUGAAGACGAUCCGCCUUCUUUAUUAGUUCCGUUGUCAGAAAUUCUGAUGGGAGCUGAUGAAAAUGAGAAGAAGAACGAUGAAGAACAUCGACAAUAUACACCAGAUAAAGUAGAUCAUUGUGCAGCACUGAUGAUCUAUAAAGUUCGACGUAAACUGUCAGACGCUGCUAUAACAGAUCAUUGUAAACAUUUACAACCAUUAGAAGUGCAAACAGCACCAUCUUCAUUUGAUGCCAGUUGUAAUCAAUUAUCAAAGUGUGAAAUUAGCGAGUAUGAUUUUAAACAAAUCAAUAUUUGUCCUACUAGUACAAAUUAUCUAGAAGCUCGUGUCAUUUGUAGCAAUCCUGUCUGUCAAUAUUAUAAUGUCGUUAUUGAUACGCCUCACAAAUGUUUUAAAGGAAAUAUCAAUGCACAAAUACAGUCAUUACUAUCAAGGAGAGGGUUCUAUGAAAAUUUAUGUUUUGCUAUGGAUUUUGUUAAGAAUCGAACAAGAACUUUAAAAGCUAUCUAUAAAGAUGCUGGGGGUGACUCUUACGAUGAUUAUGAACACUGA